GCCACUUUUGGCUGGACGGACGUGUGCCCAGCGUUCACCAAUGCCGUAUUGUCUGGGAAGAUUUUGGGCUACAACUUGCCGAUGGGCCAAAUCUCUCACAUGAUCCGCUCCUCUGCCAACCGAGUACCCGGCCAUCUCAGCAAGGUUGGCCUACACACUUUCGCAGAUCCGCGAAAUGGCGGCGGCAAGCGCAACAAGCAGACAGUCGAGGACCUCGUCAAGAUUGUGGAGAUGGGUUCGGAGGAGUACAUUUUCUACCCUGCGCCGAA